CUGCAAUAGCUGGGGUGGCUGAGGGAUAAGGCCCUGGCCCUGCCUCCUGCCUCUCCUCCCUUCCCCCAGGUAUAAGAACUGAGCUCAGGUGAGCUGGCUCCUCCAUCCUGUCUCCCAGCUGCCAGCAGGUAGAUCAUGAUCCAUCAGUUCCUGUGGGGCAGGCUAUAGGACAGACGACAAAACUCAACUCACAGAAGGACCAGUGUACCAGGAACGAUGGGACAGUGUCGGUCAGCCAAUGCUGAGGAUGCCCAAGAAUUCAGUGAUGUAGAGAGGGCCAUCGAGACCCUCAUCAAGAACUUCCAUAACUACUCUGUGGAGGGUAAAAAGGAAACACUGACCCCCGCUGAACUUCGAGACCUGGUUACCCAGCAGCUGCCACACCUCAUGCCGAGCAACUGUGGGCUAGAAGAGAAAAUUGCCAACCUGGGCAACUGUAAUGACUCGAAACUGGAGUUUGGAAGCUUCUGGGAGUUGAUUGGAGAAGCAGCCAAGAGUGUGAAGAUGGAGAGGCCUGUUGCUCGGAGCUGAGGACUUCCACUUGGAACUUGUUGGGGGGUGUUGGGGGUAGGGGAUUUUAGAGGCACUGGAAAUAAAGCUCUCAACCCCCACCACCCUCUUCCCCAGCAUGCACCUCUCCUCUGCAAUGUUCAGGUUCAGGACAGGCUGGCUUCCCUGGGGGCUCUGUGGAGCUCCUGGGUCCAGAAGUCCUCAUCUCAAAGGGAGCUCAGGGGGUGGGUUGGGGCUGAAGAGGAUAUGCAGGGAUCCUGGAAGGGUAAGGGCCAAGCAAUUUGGUAGUAGGGGAAGGGCAGAAAGGAACUGGGCUAUGGGAAGUGAUCAAAGAGUGGGGCUGGGAAUCUGGCUGCAUAUUUGGUCCUGAAAAGGGUGUCUGAGAAUCUACCCCCUUCUAAUCUUGUCCAACCUAAACUGUAGUUGUCUGCCCUGUGCUAUCCUUGCUGAUUGCCUCUCUGCCCCAUCCUCCUUCCAGUGUCUGUCCCUGUGUAGGGGCAGGGGAAAUAGGAGCAGAGUUGCAAAAGAGGCUGAGGAGGGCGUGACUUCAUGACUUCGGGGUGAGAGGACCAGCUAGAUGCUUGGGCAUUUAUGUAUGGUAGUUAUUUUAUAUCAUUUGAUUAAUAAAAAUAUUGGAAAAUGUAAAA